AUGCCUGCCCCUACAACUGCAGCCGUCACCUCUAAGAAGAGGAAAAAUGUCAAGUCGAGCGCCGUUCCCUCCUCCAAGCGCCGCGCAGUCGCUGAGACCGAGAGCCCCAAUGCGAUUGCCGAUAUCCAGCAGCUGGAAGACCAAAUUUCCGAGUCGCGAAAAUACUACAACAACAUUGCGACCCUGAUUUCCAUGCUCAAUGUCGAUGGCUCGUCGAAACCGAACAUGGCUGUUGCCGUGGCCCUUUGCCGGGUUUUCAGCCGAUUGAUCGCUGGUGGAAACUUGACGGAGACCAGCCGCGCCGCAGAGAAUGAGAAAAUCAUUGUAGCUUGGCUGAAGGAACGCUGCCGGGAGUACCAGAAGCUCUUGCUGUCCAUCAUUCGCGAAUGCGACUCCUCUUCUCAGGUCCGUAUCUCCCCCAACUGGACAAAUUCGUACGGUACUAACCCCCAGCAGAUCAGCGCCUUGACCUUGUGCCUCUGCCUCAUCAACGAACGUGCUACCCACCUCCCCGGCGACAACACUCAGGAAUGGACAUCGGGUUUGUUCAAGGGAGUUUUCGAGGCGGUUGUUGAAGCCCAGAAUGGACAAGCGGUGCUCUCCGAAUUUAUCGAGAAGGCAAAGGAAUUCGAAGACGUGCGGUACUACACAUUCAUGCAACUUGCCGAAUACGCAGACACCGAACAACCAUCCGAGACCCUCGACGUCCUAAUCUCCAUCCUCUCAGCAUGCGAUUCCGUACCCGGCGCGGAGCACGAAUUCGAAAGCUUCUACACGGAAUCCAGCAAGCAAAACAAAAAGGUCCUUUCCGUGAACUCGCACAAGAAACGAGCCCAAGACGCCUGGCUCGCCAUCCUGCGCAACAACCUCUCCCAAUCGCAGCGUAAAACCCUCCUGCGCAUCAUGGUCCACAACAUCGAGCCGUGGUUCAACCGCCCCGAACUCCUCAUGGACUUCUUAACAGACUCCUACAACGUCGGAGGAGCCACCUCUCUCCUCGCCCUCUCGGGUCUCUUCUACCUCAUCCAAGAAAAGAACCUCGACUACCCCCAAUUCUACCAAAAGCUCUACUCGCUCCUCGACGCCGACCUCCUCCACUCUAAGCACCGCUCCCGCUUCUUCCGCCUCAUGAACACCUUCCUCGCCUCUACCCACUUGCCCGCCGCCCUGAUCGCAAGCUUCCUCAAGCGUCUUUCUCGCCUCUCUCUCAACGCGCCCCCCACUGCCAUCGUGGCCAUCGUUCCCUUCAUGUACAACCUCCUCAAAGAACACCCGACCUGCGCCUUCAUGAUGCACCGCAACAUCCGCGACGAGGGGCUCAAGGCUCAGAUAGAAGCAGAAGGCAUGGACGAUCCCUUCGAUCCUACUGAGCCUGAUCCGACCCGCACAAACGCCAUCGAGAGCAGUUUAUGGGAGAUUGAGACUCUUCAGUCUCAUUAUCAUCCUAAUGUGGCUGCUAUCGCGAACAUCAUUUCUGAGCAGUUCACGAAACAGUUCUAUAACUUGGAGGAUUUCCUGGAUUACACUUACCAGGGUAUGUUGCAGGGAGAGUUGGGCACUGAGGACAAGCCGUUCAAAAGGACGCCGGUGGUGGAGUAUCAAAUACCUAGGCGGAUCUUUACCGAUCGGUUGUUGGAGGAGGAUGGUGGCCAGGAUUCCGGUCCUGGAAGCUAUGUCCGAGGAUUGUGGGAUUUUGCUUGA